AUGGCCACAACAACGAUUUCCCAGGGGUCGCAUCUGACCUCAACCUCCUCUACCGUCAUGGUCAGUUGCACUACAGCAGUACCAGGGGCGUACGGCUACGUGCCAUUCGACCCUAAUACCUGCAACUCCAACUAUCAAUUUUAUCCAAGCUUCACUGGCAACCUUGCCUUUGCCACAGUUUUCGGAUUGAGCACCAUUGCCCACUUGAUCGAAGCAAUCGCGUUUAAAAAGAAAUUCUGCUGGGUGGUCAUUAUGGGAGGGGCCUGGGAGACAGGCGCAUUCAUUGCACGAACACUCGGCUCCCGUGACCAACAAGAGGAACAGUUUGCCCUUUGGGGCCAGCUUCUCUUCAUUUUGGCACCACUUUGGGUGAAUGCCUUUGUGUAUAUGACAGUCGCGCGAAUGGUACAUUUCGGACUUGCCGACAAGCAAAUAUGGAAUAUCAAGGCGACCAAGCUGACCGUCAUCUUCGUUUGGAUCGAUGUCGUCUGCUUUCUCGUCCAAGCUGGAGGGGGUGGCAUGCUGUCAAAUAAAGACGACCCGAACAUAGCCAGACUUGGUAUAAAAAUAUAUACAGCUGGGGUGGCGAUACAGAUGACGUUUGUCAUUAUCUUUGGAGCCAUGACUGCAUGGUUCUAUCGCAGGAUACAUCAGGUACCUCGCUGCAAUAACGGCCGAAUGAAGGGUUUAACAUUGGUGACGUUGGCGGUAUUACUUCUUAUUAUGGUUCGAACCGUUUAUCGCUUGAUUGAAUUCGGACCCGGCCUCAAUGCGGACAACCCCCUACUAACGAAUGAAAUUUAUCCCUUCGCCCUCGAUGCGCUUCCGAUGAUCUUGGCGCUGACAAUGCUGAACGCGAUGCAUCCUGGCUUCGUUCUACGUGGGACGGAUAGCGAGUUUCCCUCUCUCGGCCGAGCGGAAAGAACAGCUAUGCGAAGGCAAAAAAAGAAGGAACGCCAACAGUCAAGGGCUACCAACAGUGCUCGCAAAAACAGAGAGUACAUCCGUAUGGAGCAUAUCGGGUAG